AUGCCCACUACUCACCUAUCUCAGCUUCAAACUCGCCUGCCCAACAGUGAGCGUCGAAGACCUCCGAUUGAUCCCCCAAAGCCUGAGACCUUCAGCACGCCGAGGCAGCAGACCUCGAGCUAUCCCGGCUACUCUUCCGCUCAGCAAGCGGCGACGCCUUCAACCCAGCAGGCGCAUGCGGGGUACGGGCCGGGCCAGGGCCAAGUCGUCCCGGCGCAAGUGCCGCCGAGGGGCACCGCUGGCGCUGCCGAGGAUGUGGUGGGCAACGUCGCCCACAUUGCAGUCACUGGCUGCACGCACAGCACGGUCGGCGGGAUCGUGCGCGGGAAUUUCACCGCAAACGGGCAGAACCAUGGUAGGCCAACCUACAAAAAGGACCAGCAGGUCAAUGGCCUAGACGUUCAGUUGUACUACUGGGAUGACCGGGAUGGCCCAAACUUCUGCGGCUGGUGGUUUGGCCCAAAGGUCGGCGGUGACCAGGUGUGGGCAUACCACCCCAGCAGCUCAGCCGGCACCCCACCCCGCACGGGCUGGAAAGUGCCUUACGAUGGCCCUGCAGACCCGACCUUCGUCAUCAGCCCUUCGCAGCCGGGCGCAGCAGCAGCAGGAGGAGCCACGGCGGCCACCGGCCAGGGCGCGCAAUCGCAGCAGCAGGCUGCCCAAGCGCUCCAACAGCAAUAUGCGGCCUACACACAGCAGCUACAGCAACAGCAGGCGGCCUACAUGCAGCACUAUGCGCAGCAAGCCGAGCAGCUCAAGCAGCAGCAGGAGCAGAUGAUCGCCGCGCAGCAAAAGGCCAUGGCCAUGGCCGCCAUGAAGAGCAAGCAAGAGGAGAUGAAAGUAAAGCAGCAAGAAGAGAUGAAGCGGAAGGCAGCAGAGCAUCAGAGGAUGAUGGAGGAGCGGCAAAAGCAGGCGGAGGAACAGCGAGCGGCGAUGAAGAUCCGCCAGUACAUGCAGAAGGUGCGCCUUUCCACAGAAGAGAAUCUGGCCCAGCACCACCAGGAGCUGGCCGACGUCAUGCAGGAAGAGUUGAUCAAGUGUGGACUCCAAGCUCCCAAGGUGAAGGAGGAGUGUGACCAGGCGGUGGAGCAGGCCAAAACUCGGAUCCAGGCGAUGAAGGAGGCCAAGCGGCGCGAAGAAGAGCGCAAGGAGGAGAUGGCCAAGCAGGCCCGCGAGGCCCAAGAAAAGGCAACCGAGCUCCUCAAGGAUUUGGCGGCCAAGGUCAAGGAAGCGGAAAAGGCGGUUGACGUGCUGGUGUCUGCGGCAGAGCCGCUGAAGCCAGAGGCCGACCUCAAGCUGGACGUGGUCAACAAGUUGGCCACCGCUGUCCAGGGCAAGGUGGGGACGGCGGAAGAGGCCAUCAAGGAAUGUCAAGACUUUGUGAAAGAGCACUCUGCCGCGAUGCGGCUCUCCGCGGUGAAGCGGGUUACUCCCGGGGAGGAGACGGGCGACGAGCCCGAGAGCCUACAGGCAGUCGUGGGCAAGCUGAACGAGAUUACAACCAAGAAGGACCUGACCCAGAAGACGGCUUCUGUGGCGCAGGAGAGACUCAAAAGGAAGGCUGCCGCAAAGAAGCUGGUCGAUGCGGAGCUGGCCAAGUUUGCGAAGUUUGAUGUAGACAAGGAUGGACUCCUGAGCAAGAAGGAGCUGAUCGCGUAUGCAAAGAAGGAUGCCUCUGUCACCAUCACGGACGCCAAAGCCACGCAGAUCCUCAAGGGUAUCGGCUCGGAGGGCGUCAAAGGUGGAGGUGUGGGCGUGAAGAAGGCGGACUUCCACCGACUGAAGGUCCAGGUUGGCAUCGCCCGCGAGAAGCUGAAGGAUGCGGAGCGCCGAAAGCAGCGCGAGGCCCACGAGAAGGAGCUCGAGGGCAUGAAAGAGGGCCUCAAGGAGAAGGUGGCCGAACUGGACACCAAGUACACGGCCGUGGAGGAGAAGGUGAAAGCGGUGGAGGAGUCGGCUGGGCCUCUUGCCAAUGCCCAGACCAUGUCUUCCACAGAGCUGGAGCCUCUCCUCAACAAGGUGGAGGAACAGGUCACCGAAGCCAAAGAGGCCGUGACCGAGUUCAAAACUCAGGAAGUGGCUGAGGCGAAGAAAGGCGUCGAAAAAGAGCUGUCGGCCUGGUUCAUGAUGGAAUGCCGACCUGUGGACUCAAAGACGGCUGUGCUUGACGCCCGCCUCAGCAACCUCAGCGCCAGGCUGGCAAAGCACCGCUACGACGCCAAGGGCAAGGCGGCACAGGAGAUUGUCCAGCUGGAGAAGCGAGCGCUCGCUGGGCUCCGACUUCAUCAGCACGCAAAAGCGCUGUCCUGCGAUGACCUCUUCAAGGCAAUGGCGGGGGAGAAGGAGAGUUUGGAAAAGUCGGACUUUGUGAGCUUCUGUGCCAACUGUGAAAAGGCGGAUGGGGAAGCCGUCUCAGAAGAGGAUCUUUCCAGAGUCUUCGACACCCUAGCAGCAGAGGCGGAGGCCAUCGAGAAGGAUAGAAUGACGGCGAUCAUUCGCUGCUUUAAGAAGGUCGUCAAGGAGACUGUUCUCACCAGCGACAAGAGUGUCAAGGGAGAUUCCAUCCGGAGACUCCUCGCCGGCGAGGUGCUCGAGAUCAUGAGCGCCGAGGUGGCAGAUGAGGAGGCCGGGGUGUCGCGGGUGAGGUGCCACGCGCUCAAAGACGGUGCGGAAGGCUGGGUCACCACAUCAGGUAACAAUGGUACCCCCUUCCUGCAAGAUUACACCGGCGUCUACAAGGUGGUCAAGGAGACGAUCCUGACUGUGGCGUUUGAGCUCGACUCGUCAGGGGGCAAGGAAGCCCCACGCAAGCUCCGCCCGGGUGACGUCGUGGAUGUGUUAAUCUGGCCGAAGAAGGAUAAGACCGGCCUCAUGCGACUGAAGUGCAAGUGCCGGACAGAUGGCUCCGUCGGCUGGGUGACAGCUGUGGGCAACACGGGAACCACCUUCUUGGAGGUGAUGUGA